GUGAAAGGUAGAGCACCAAAGACGCCAUAUUUCCUUCAGUGCGUAGACGGUAGAGCACAAAGGACGUUACAUUCUCCACAGUUUAUAGACUGUCAGAAUGAGCUGCAUGUUGGCUAGGAAUGCAUGUAGCCCGGGAGGUUCGACGGUGUUUUCUCAGCCUUGGAGAGGAGGUCGGGUCUUGACCCAAACAGCAACACCUGCUUUGUGCUCAGUGCACAGCAGCCAACAGCCAGUGAUGGCUGUGCGGAGAGAGACAAGCAAAUUGUGGGAAACAAGGGCACCGCUGUCACCGCAGCAUGUGAAAAAGCUGGUCCAGAAGGGAGUGAAGGUCAUUGUCCAGCCCUCUGACCGUCGAGUCUACAGUACGGAGGAAUAUGCUGACGUUGGUGCAGUCAUCAAAGAGGACAUGUCUGAAGCAUCACUGAUUAUGGGCGUAAAGACGAUGUCAGCUGACUCUCUGAUGCGCGACAAGACAUACGCUUUCUUCUCUCACACCAUCAAAGGCAAAGCUGAUUACAUGCCUCUUCUGGAUGCCAUUUUGGAAAAGAACAUUCGUUUGAUUGACUAUGAGAAGAUGGUGGACGAGUAUGGCCAGAGACUGGUCGCUUUUGGCAAGUAUGCAGGUAUGUCUGGGAUGAUCAACAUCUUGCACGGCAUGGGCCUUCGUCUACUCGCACUUGGCCACCGCACACCCUUCAUGUUCAUUGGCCCAAGUCACAACUAUCAACAUACAGAAAUGGCACGCCAGGCUGUUCGAGAUGCUGGUUACCAGAUUGCGCUUGGGCGAAUGUCUAAGUCGAUAGGACCUCUGACCUUUGUCAUCACAGGCUCUGGCAAUGUGUCACAAGGUGCCCAAGAAAUACUAAAUGAGCUGCCUCACGAGUACAUUGAACCUGAAGACUUACCCAAGGUUGCUGCUGGAGGCUCAAAAAACAAAAUCUACGCAUGCGUGGUGAGUCGAGAUGACCAUUACGUGCCCAAGAAUGGUGGAACGUUCAACGCAGACGAAUAUGAACGGUACCCUGAAAGAUAUGCGUCCACUUUUAGCCACAAUAUAGCACCGUAUGCCUCGUGCAUCAUCAACGGCAUGUACUGGGCUCCUGGUUCUCCACACCUGAUCACCAUUCCAGAUGCCAAGAAGUUACUGCGACCCACAGACUAUGCUCCGCGUACACCCUCGUCCCCCGGUUGCCCCACUCUGCCACAUCGUCUGCUGGCUAUCUGUGAUGUCUCUUCAGACCCAGGUGGUGCUUUUGAAUUCGUGAAGGAAUGCACAAGCAUAGAAAAGCCGUUCUCGUUGUAUGAUGCAGAGCAGAAUGUGAACAAGGAAAGUUUUUCUGGUGACGGAGUACUCAUCUGCUCUAUAGACAACAUGCCGGCCCAGAUCCCCCGGGAAGCGACAGAUUUCUUUGGAAGUCUCUUGUUGCCUUAUAUAUCAGAGAUGCUGAAAUCUGAUGCAAAGCAGCCUUUCCAAGAUUAUUCUUGUAGCCCUGUGGUGAAAAAUGCUGUGAUUGCAAGCAAUGGUUCUCUGACUCCGGACUACGAGUACAUACAGGAUCUGAGAAGAAAAUCUGCGUGAGCGGAAUACUAUCAUUGUGGUGUGAGAAUUUUUACCCACCACAUUGAGUUAAAUUUUGCCCAAGCAACGACCUUGGCAGGGUUUACAUUUUUUUAAAAGUAGUAUGGUAUUAAAGAUAAUAUGGUGCAAAAUCAGUUAUA